AUGUCUUCCUCCCUGCGCGCCCUCCGACCUCUCGCCCGCCAAGCAGGCGCAGCACGACAGGUCCGCCCAAGAGUAUCAUCCACACCAGCAAUCCAGCAGCAACAAAAGCGCCGCCUCGACACCUCAAGCGCACCAACCUUAUACUCAGCCCACGCACGGGUCAUCGGGGCGCGGUCCGGCCGCGUACAAGGCGAGAAUCUCAACGUCGAGCUCACGAUGGCGAAGGCACUAGGCGGUCCGGGCGACCGGGGCAAGACGAACCCGGAGGAGCUGUUCGCUGCGGGUUACGGGGCGUGCUUCCAGUCGGCGAUGAACGCGGCCGCCGCGGGGAUGGGCGUCAAGAUGCCCACGCGCCAGGAGGACUCGGUCGUCGAGUCGACGGUGCACCUCGUCGGGAACAUGAAGGGACUCGACAUUGGUUUAAGGGUCAAUAUGGUCGUGAAGGUCAAGGGCCUGGGCCGCGCGGAGCUGGAGAAGGUCGUGCGGAAGGCGGAGGAGGUGUGUCCUUAUUCGAGGGCCACGCAUGGCAAUGUCGAUACGCAUAUCAAGGUGGUCGACUUCACUGAUGGAGAGAAUGAUAUCGAAGGGGGCGAGCCCAAGUCCUACGGGACGAGCACAUACGGUUGA